AUGCACGUCUCAGUCACUACUCUCGCCAUCCUGGCUUCGGCUGCCUCGGCGGCCUACGUUCUAGAAGAUGACUAUUCUGCCUCAGCCUUUGCAAGCAUGUUUGAUUUCUUUACGGACAAUGAUCCGACAAACGGCUAUGUAAACUACAUUUCCUACGAUGAAGCAGAGAGCUCUGGCCUCUACAAAAUCGACAACGGAACCGUCUACAUGGGCGUCGAUUCCACCAACGUUGCCUCUGGCCGGGGUCGCGACAGCCUGCGACUGAGCACCAAGAAAUCGUACAACCACGGCCUCAUUAUCCUCGAUCUUGCACACAUGCCCGCCGGCGCGUGUGGCACAUGGCCCGCGUUUUGGAUGCUGGGCCCGAACUGGCCGAACAAUGGAGAGGUUGACAUCAUCGAAGGAGUCAACAGUCAACCUUCGAACAACAUGGCCAUGCACACGAAUGCAGGAUGCACGAUAACAAGCACUGGCGCUUUCUCUGGCACGCUCGAGACCGAUGACUGCGAUACCACUGCUCCUGAUCAGCCCAGCAACGCCGGUUGUUCCAUGCGCAGUCAAGACACAACCAGCUUCGGCAACGGCUUCAACUCGAACGGCGGUGGCGUCUACGCGACCGAAUGGACGAGCGAAGAGAUCAGCAUCUGGUUCUUCCCCAGGAAUGCCAUCCCCGCCGACAUCUCGAGCGGCAACCCGGAUCCAUCAAACUGGGGUCUUCCGCAAGGACAAUUCACUGGUGGUUGCGACAUUGACGAGAAGGUCAAGGAUCAACAGUUGGUCUUUGACGUUACCUUCUGCGGCGACUGGGCGGGUCAGGUCUGGUCCACCGACGCCACUUGCUCGCCCUUAGCAUCCACCUGCCAGGACUUCGUGCAAAACAACCCUUCAGCGUUUCAGGAUAUGUACUGGCUCAUCAACAGCUUGCGAGUAUAUUCCGAAAACGGCGCAGCCCCAACGUCCACAUCGACUACCACCGCUACAGCUACGUCAGCCACUCCCACUGGAUCUGCAACAACUUUCUUCACCUUCACUUCCUCCAGCGUGACAGCGGUUUCGACACAAAGCGUGGCAGCGACCAGCGCUCCGGCCGAGACUAGUCCAAGCUUUACCCCUGCGGCUACCCAGACUGCUCUGCCAACCACUUUCACCACCGCCGCUCCGUGGCCUUCAUCAUCAGCCUGGAACGGCGCGCCUUGGAAUACCGCCGCCCCCGGUAACGGUGGAUGGAACAAUGGAAACUGGGGAUCAAACGGUGGCGGGUCCAACAACUGGGGCGACUGGAGCAACGGAAACAACGCCGCCGGCCGGGGAAACCGCGGCGGCAACCCCUGGAGGGGAUGA